AUGGCAAUCCAGUUAGGAGAUAAGGUCACAGGAGGCUUCCAACAGUUUGCGGAUCUAUUAUUAACAAAGAUACCUCUAUUCACUGUUGCAGUUGCACUCAUAACAUUCGUCUGUGGCAUACUAAACGUUUUUCUUCCUGUCACCUCCUACUUUGGCUUAAGCGUGAGCAAUAUCGCCCUAUUUAGGCUUCAUACGCUGAACACUUAUCCAUUAGUUCACCAUGGGUUUUUAACGUUCCUUUUCGGUCUCGCCGGUAUAUUCUUUUUAAUGCCUCGUUUUGAGAGAAGAUACGGCACAUUAUGUACUAUUGCUAUGUUUUUUGGAUUUUUGGAAGCUAUUCCUGGAAUCGCCUUUUUAAUCGCUUGUUACGUCUCUGAGUCUGAUAGUGUUUUCGUUGGAAUUAGUGGAUGGACGUUCUCUUUGUUGACAAUGUACUUGAUGAAUCUUUUCUAUGACCUUCAUCCCAAGGUAUCGGCAAUUCCACAAUUAGUUCGUAUGGUCUUGGCUCUUGCCGCCCCUAUUUUGAUACUUCCUUUUGAUUUUUCUGAGAGCGUUGUUUUACACUUAACCGCCGUUGUUCUUUCUAUUAUCUUUUCUUUGGCUUAUAUUGAUAUCUUGCUACCUCGUGCGGGAUUUCUUGUAUGGAUAGAGACCAAACUUUCUCGUGUAGUGGAUGCAAUCCCUAACUAUAUUUCUGUUACAGAGGCUGCUUAUUAUCAGCGAGAUGCUUUACCUGUACAAGACUUGGGUAGUAACAGUGCAGGAAUUGUUUAA